UUUCAUUUAGGUGACUUUACAUUGGAUACAUGGCUCACAGUAAUGAAUCCACGGUAUCUGAGUUUGUGCUUCUGGGACUCUCUAAAUCUUGGGGACUUCAGCUUUUACUUUUUACCAUCUUCUCUGCCAUCUAUGUGGCAUCAGUCUUGGGCAAUGUCAUGAUUAUUGCUAUAAUUUUCUCUGACUCACAUUUGAACUCUCCCAUGUACUUCUUACUCAGUAACCUUUCAUUCAUUGAUGUCUGCCAAUCUAACUUUGCCACUCCCAAGAUGCUUGCAGACUUUUUUGUUGAGCGCAAAACUAUUUCCUUUGAGGGUUGCAUGACCCAGAUAUUUCUUCUUCACAGCUUUGUUGGAAGUGAAAUGAUGUUGCUUGUAGCUAUGGGAUAUGAUAGGGUUGUAGCAAUAUGUAAGCCACUACACUACAAUCUAAUUAUGAAUAGGAGGUUAUGUAUAAUGUUUGUGUCUAUAUCCUGGGCAGUAGGUAUUCUUCAUUCUGUGAGCCACUUGGCAUUUACGGUGAACCUGCCAUUCUGUGGUCCCAAUGAGGUAGAUAGCUUCUUUUGUGAUCUUCCCUUGGUGAUAAAACUUGCUUGCAUGGAUACAUACAGAAUGGAAAUUUUGACGUUGGCUAACAGUGGCCUGAUAUCACUGAGCUGUUUCCUGGCUUUAAUCGUCUCCUAUAUCAUCAUUUUCGUCACUGUCCGGCAUCAGUCCUCCAGCGGGUCAUCCAAAGCACUUUCUACACUAACUGCCCACAUUACGGUAGUGAUUCUUUUCUUUGGGCCUUGUAUUUAUUUCUACAUAUGGCCUUUUAGCAGACUGUCUGUGGAUAAGUUCCUUUCUGUCUUCUAUACUAUCUGUACUCCUUUACUGAAUCCUGUCAUAUAUUCUCUGAGGAAUGAAGAUGUUAAGUCAGCCUUGAGGAAACUGAGAAACCGCCAUGUAAAUCCUGGGAAAAACUAAGGAUCUCUUUGAAAG